AUGUUAUCAAGCAAUUCUGAAUUUUCCACAAAUUUGGAAGCAUUUGUUUUGCCCACAAUUAUACCUCCGCAACCAAAUCAUGAUUUGGAUAUACAAAACUGGCAAAUUCCCAAGAAUAUUAGAUUAGCAGACCCUAAUUUUAACGUUCAAGGAAAUAUUGACAUUUUACUCGGAGCUGAGUUUUACUUCAGUUUAAUGCAACCAGGCACAAUAAAACUAAAUGGUCAUCAGCCCAUACUCCAAAAUACUGCGCUUGGCUGGAUUGUAGGUGGUUUAAUUCAACAAUCGUCAACGGACGACACACCAGCAGCGCUAACAUGCACAAUUUUUAGUGAAACAUCACUGGAACAAGCUAUACAAAAAUUAUGGAAACUUGAGGAAGUGGAAUCAACUGAAAAGGUGAUGUCCCCAUUGGAAACCCUUUGCAAAUCUCACUUCAAUCAACAUGUUAAGACGGAUCAGAAUGGUCGUUUCAUCGUCAGUCUUCCGUUUCAAGAAUCUCCAACAGCAUUGGGGAAAUCACAUGCAAUGGCUUAUAACCGAUUUAUGAGUCUUGAACGCCGACUUCUACAGAAGGAAGAUAUCCGAAGUCAAUACAUUAAAUUUAUGCGAGAAUAUGAACAAUUAGGGCACAUGCAAAAGAUUGACGUGUGUACCGUAUCAAAUCCUAAAUAUUUUAUUCCGCAUCAUUGUGUUCUUAAGCCCGAUAGUACAACAACAAAACUUAGGGUUGUAUUUGACGCAUCAGCGAAAACUUCAUCAGGUCAAUCGUUAAAUGAUCUAAUGCACACAGGACCUUUCGUGCAAAGUGAAUUGUUUUCUAUUUUGCUGAGGUUUCGAUUGCCAAAAUUCGUCUUCACAACCGAUAUUGAAAAGAUGUACAGGCAGAUUUUAAUGCAUCCCGACGAUCAAAGGUAUCAGCUAAUUAUCUGGAGAGAGGAUCCAUCCCAUCCAGUCAGUUAUUACAAACUUAAUACGGUCACAUAUGGGACACGUUCAGCACCGUAUCUGGCUACAAAAUGCUUACAAAAGAUUGCAAACGAGAACAUGGAGCGUUAUCCAUUAGGCUCACAAAUGCUGAAAGAUAAUUUUUAUAUGGAUGACGGUCUCGGCGGUGCAGAUAGCCUAAGUAAAGCUAUUGAAAUCCAAAAGGAGUUAAUAACAAUCUUGAAACAACACGGCUUCAUUCUAAGGAAAUGGUCAUCCAAUACACCAAGAUUGCUGAAGGACAUACCACAUAACGAUCGAGAAGUGAACCUGGAUCUCAACGAAUCUCAAACAAUAAAGACGUUGGGAUUAUAUUGGAUGCCGCAAGCAGAUCAAUUUUGUGUAAAAACAAACAUUGAUCAUAAUGAAAUCAUAUCAAAACGAGUAGUUGGCGCGGCUAUUUAUAUUCGUUUUAUUGGAAAAGAUGGACGAGUAGUUGUACGUCUGAUCUGUGCUAAAUCCAGGGUAGCUCCUUUGAAAAAACAAACUCUACCACGAUUAGAGCUAUGUGCCGCAGUGGUAGCAGCUCAACUGGCUACCAGG